AUGUUCCGAUCGGGGUUGUUAUUCAUCACUCUUCUCGGACUCGGAGUCUGCGUCAAAACCGCUGAUGAAUGCGAAGUUUGUGUUAAAGUUCUCACGGAUGUGAUGGCCAAAGUGCCCGAAGCAGAAAAAAGCAAGGCUGAUGCUAUCUCCCGAGUGACCCGAGAACACUGCGCCACCACACGGCAGAAGGAAAACAAACUUUGCUUCUACAUUGGAGCCCUACCCGAAUCGGCCACCUCAAUUAUGAAUGAAAUCUCCAAGCCGCUCUCGUGGUCAAUGCCUCCAGAAAAGGUGUGCGAAAAGCUAAAGACGAAAGACGCCCAAAUCUGCGAAUUGAAAUUCGACAAGCCGAUCGAUUGGAAAACGUUGGACCUGAAGAAGAUGCGCGUCAAGGAGUUGAAAAACAUUCUCAAUGAGUGGGGAGAGGUAUGCAAGGGCUGCACCGAAAAGAGUGAAUUCAUCAAGAAAAUUGAAGACCUCAAGCCGAAGUACGUGAAAGAGGAACUG